AUGGCAGGAAAAGCUCACCACCCAAUCCAUGUUCACCCGGUCCGACCGCUCUACCGCUUCACUGCUACCGCAUUGGGUGCCAGCAUGUGGUUCUUCCUCAUGUACCGUGCGAAGAAGGAUGGAGCCGCCCUGCUGGGCUGGAAGCACCCGUGGGAUCACUAG